CACCGAAGGGUUCGGCGGCACCGAGAGGCACGGCAGUCCGGGUUGCGGGCCCCGCAGCCCAGCCUGGAGCUCAGGACACCAACACGGGACGCGGAGAAACUCCCUCCGAAACUCGCUUCGUCCCCAUUAGCAAAGGGAGGAUGAACCUCGGCGGCCCCGCAGCCCCGCGCCGCGGGCCCCACGCUGCGGGCAACGCCGCAGGGAGACGUGGAAAGGCCAGAGAACCCGCUGAAAAGAGCAGUGACCGUGCCCACGCAGAGAAUGCCGCUGCUGGGGCCACUGCCGGGGGUGGCCGGAGCCGGACGCCGGGGACGACACCAGGAGCAGCUCCUGGAACGAAUGGCACUGGCCGGGAAGGGCAGGAGCAGAGGGGAGCAGCGCCUGGAACAAAUGGCACUGGCCAGGAUGGACAGGAACGGAGGGGACCAGCUCCUGGAACGAAUGGCACUGGCUGGGAUGGGCAGGAGCAGCAGGGAGCAGCCCCUGCAGCAGCUCCUGGAGUGGCUGGCACUGGCCAGGAUGGGCAGGAACGGAGGGGAGCAGCUCCCAGAACAAUUGGUACUGACCAGGAUAGGCAUGAGCAAGGGGGAGCAGUGCCUGCAGCAGCUGGCACUGGCCGGGAUGGGCAGGAGCGGAGGGAAGCAGCUCCUGGAACAAAUGGCAUUGUCCAGGAUGGGCAGGAACAGCAGGGAGCAGCUCCUGGAGCAGCUGGCGCUGCCCAGGGUGGGCAGGAACAAGCAGGGAGCAUCCCAGGGAUGCACAGAGUCCUGUCCAUGGAUAUAACGCUCGCCCCGAGAGACCCCCGAGCUCCCGGCCAGUUUGGAUACCCUGUUGCUGUGCCUGAUGACAAACAAGAAGAAGCAAAAAGUAGGUGGAAAGAAGGGAACUUCAAUGCCUACCUCAGCGACCUGAUCCCUGUGGAUCGAGCCAUUGCUGAUACCAGGCCUGCCGGGUGCUCUGAGCAGCGGGUGCACGAUGACCUGCCCAGCACCAGCGUCAUCAUGUGCUUUGUGGACGAGGUGUGGUCGGCGCUGCUGCGCUCGGUGCACAGCGUGCUCAGCCGCUCGCCCCCGCGCCUCCUCGAGGAGAUCAUCCUGGUGGACGACUGCAGCUCCAAGGAGUACCUGAAGGAGCAGCUGGACACGUACAUGUCGCGCUUCCCCAAGGUGAAGGUGCUGCACCUGCGCGAGAGGCACGGCCUGAUCCGGGCCAGGCUGGCCGGAGCUGAGAUCGCCACAGGCGCUGUGCUCACCUUCCUGGACUCGCACGUGGAGUGCAACGUGGGCUGGCUGGAGCCGCUGCUGGAGCGCGUCCGCCUGCGCCGCACCAAAGUGGCCUGCCCCGUCAUCGAGGUCAUCAGCGACAGGGACAUGAGUUACAUGACCGUGGACAACUUCCAGCGGGGGAUUUUUACUUGGCCAAUGAAUUUCGGAUGGAGGCAGAUUCCACAGGAGGUCAUUGAGAAAAAUAAGAUCAAGGAAACUGAUAUAAUAAGGUGCCCCGUGAUGGCAGGUGGCCUGUUCUCCAUCGACAAGAAGUAUUUCUCUGAGCUGGGAAUGUACGACCCAGGACUGGAUGUCUGGGGAGGGGAAAACAUGGAGAUUUCAUUCAAGGUGUGGAUGUGCGGAGGGGAGAUCGAGAUAGUGCCGUGCUCCAGGGUCGGGCACAUUUUCAGGAAUGACAAUCCCUACUCCUUCCCCAAAGACCGGGUGAGGACGGUGGAGAGGAACCUGGCGCGGGUGGCCGAGGUGUGGCUGGACGAGUACAAGGAGCUGUUCUACGGCCAUGCCUACCACCUGCUGCACAGCGUGGACGUGGGCGACCUGAGCCAGCAGAUCCAGCUGCGGCAGAGGCUGCGCUGCAAGACCUUCCGCUGGUACCUGCACAACGUGUACCCCGACCUGGAGGCUCCCCUGGUCAAGGCCAGCGGGCAGCUCGUUAACGCGGCCCUGGCAGGGUGCAUCGCUGUGCAAGGCACCAGCCUGGCUUUUGAGGAGUGUGAUGCUAACAGCACGAACCAGAAGUUCAACUACACCUGGCUGAGGCUGAUCCAGCACGGGGAGCUGUGCCUGGCACCCGCGGGCGUGCUGGGAGCCGUGGGGCUGCGCCCGUGCCAGGGCAGGAACCGCAGCCUGGCCUGGCUCCACGGGGCCCUGGCCAGCGUGCAGCCCGGGCUGAGCGCCCACCUGGUCUCGCAGCACCCGCGGCUCCCGCGGCCCCCGGCGUGCCUGGAGGUGGAUGCCGCGUUCCGGGCCCUGCGUGUGCGGGGCUGCGACGCCCGGAACCCGCGGCAGCAGUGGCGCUUCAGCGCGUACCACGCGGACUGAGGGCACCCUGGCACAGCUGCAGCGCAUGGCCGUGCCUGGCACGGGGAAGGGCAUCCCCAGGGGGAACUGGGACCUGCGAUGUGACACCUGCCCGGGGACGGACCCCAGCACCCAGAGCAGCACCUCUGAACGCAGCAGCGUCAUUUCCCUCUCUGCAGGAGACUCUGGGGAAAACUCCUUUUCUGUGUUAUUAAAUGGAAAUAUUUUUGGAAAAAAAAAGUCCCCGCUCUUUCUCCUGUCCAGCCCAGCUGUGCUCAGCAGCACAGACAGAGGCACUCUGCCUGCCCCAGGGCGGUGUUAUCUUUUUAAACCAAAAACUACGUGUGCAAUAUUUACAAUUACUGCCCAAUGUGACAGUAUUCACAGGGGUGUUAAGAUGAGGGAAGAGAUGAGAAUCUGACUCCAUGUUUCAGAAGGCUUGAUUUAUUAUUUUAUGAUAUUUAUUACAUUAAAACUAUACUAAAAGAAUAGAAGAAAGGAUUUCAUCACAAGGCUGGCUAAGAAUAGAAUAGGAAGGAAUGAUAACAAAGGUUUGUGGCUCAGCUCUCUGUCCGAGCCAGCUGGCUGUGAUUGGCCAUUAAUUAGAAACAACCACAUGAGACCAAUCCCAGAUGCACCUGUUGCAUCCCACAGCAGCAG